UGUCCAGGGGCCCUGGGGCUGCUGUUCCUGUGGUAGGGUGGCAGCUGGGACCAUGGCCAGCUUCAGUCCACCUGGCGUCACAUAAGCCAGCCCACGGGGUCCUGCAGCUUGUCCUUUCUGGCUGGAAGCUCCGGGCAUAACCUGGACUGGGUCUCCCCAGAGAGGGCUCUAGCCAGGGCCCUGCCAGCCUCGGGGGCCACAGCGGCUCUCACACCAGCAUCUUGCUGGGCAGAAGCAGUUCCAGGACGCUCUGAUCACACCUCAUCAUCAUCACUGCCAGGAUUCAAGGCAGUUGCCUGCCAUGGACGAGAGGUGUGCCACAGCUUAACCUGCUCAGUGAUGGACUCCAAUGCCCGCAAGAAGUCUCACCUGGGUAAGAAGUGGAGGAUCCAGGCCCAGGAGAAUUUUGCCAAGAAGUUUCCGUACAGGUGCAGGAUGCUCACACCUCUGGAGCCAAGCCUUUCCUCCCCCAGGUUCUCGGGGCUGACAGAGCCUGACCCUGAGCCCCUGCAUCCCUGGGAGGUCACAAACAACUUGAACACAGUGGAGCUGCCUCUGCAGAAGAGGUUGGUGCCAACGAGGUCCAUCCCAGUCCGAGGGCUCGGGGCUUCAGAUUUUAUAUCACCGUCCAGCUCCCGCCCGGCACCACUACCAGCACCACCGCCACCUCCACUGUGCAACCUUUGGGAACUCAAGUUGCUGAGUCGCCGCUUCCCCAGACAACUCGCCUUCCUGCUGUCUGCCCCGCACACUAAGGCUACCGGCCCCCAGACCAGCGAGGCGAAAGGGCCAUCCAGGGGCCGCUCCUAGAGCCUGGGCUCUGUGUGGCCUCCUUGUUGGCCACCUUCUCCUUGGCAGGCUCUGGGCAAUGGCCACAGAGACUUCAGUGAAGCAAUCAGCCUUCAUGGCCAUCACAGACCAGGAGAACUUUGCGGUCCCCCCAAAAAGCUACGCCAAGCUAAUAAACUUCGGGUUCCCACCCCACUUCCAGUUGGAAUGAUCA